UGUACCGCCGAAAAGUGGUUGACUUCUUCAAUGUCACUUACCAUUAUUUGUUUGCGUAGCCAGAUCUAGUCAUUACCACUUUCAAGCCGAUCGCCUCAACAUGCCCAGUUUCAAGGAUAAAGUUAUCAUCGUGACCGGAGCCAGUUCGGGAAUCGGAGCAAGCACAGCCGUGCACCUGGCCAGCCUCGGCGGACUCCUGGUCAUCGUGGGUAGGAAUGUGGAUAAGCUGAAGGAAACUGCCGAACAGAUAGUGGCAGCUGGAGGAGCAUCUGCCCUCCAGGUGGCGGCGGACAUGAACAGCGAGUCGGAUGUCCAAAGUAUCGUAUCCGCCACGUUGGACAAGUACGGACGCAUCGACGUGCUGGUGAACAAUGCCGGCAUUCUGGAGCUGGGCUCCAUCGAGAACACUAGUUUGGAGCAGUUCGAUCGCCUGAUGAACACCAAUGUGCGGGCGCUCUACCAGCUGACCAUGCUGGCGACGCCGGAAUUGGUCAAGACGAAGGGAAACAUUGUCAACGUGUCCAGCGUCAACGGCAUCCGCUCUUUUCCCGGCGUCCUGGCCUACAAUGUCUCCAAGGCGGCUGUGGAUCAGUUCACCAGGUGUGUGGCGUUGGAACUGGCCCCCAAGGGUGUCCGUGUGAACUCCGUGAAUCCCGGCGUGAUCAUCACCGAGCUGCAGCGACGCGGUGGACUGAACGAGGAGGCGUACGCCAAGUUCCUGGAGCACGCCAAAAAUACCCACGCUCUGGGUCGUCCCGGAGAAGUCAAGGAGGUGGCUGCGGCCAUUGCCUUCCUGGCCAGCGAUGAGGCCAGCUUCAGCACCGGAAUCAGCCUGCCCGUCGAUGGAGGACGGCAUGCCAUGUGUCCAAGAUGAGAACGGGGGGGCCAGUCCCAUCUUGUUGCUUAUUUCUGUAAUGUUAUUCACCACAACACAUUUAUGUGCCCUCAAGUUUUGGAUGCUAAGACUAAUAAAAAACAAAAUACAAUACAA